ACCAUAACUGGAACUAGUAGGAAAUAUAUAUCACAGUCAUUAUGGUUCACACAACAGAACUAGACGUUACCAGUGGUCCAGCAAAUGUUGUUGACAGAUGUUUAGAUGGAAUAAACAUCAAUAACAGUUGUCGACAGGUGUACCUGCGGAGGAUGGAAUCCAUCGAAGAAUGUAAAAGAGCAACGAAGAAAACAGAUACUCACAAAACAACAUCCACCAUUGAUGCCGCUCUAAUGAAACUAAGAAUCGAAAUGGUGGAUCUUAUGGAUCAAGAUGUUGGACUGAUGAGGCAGAUGUUAAUCCUAAACGAGAAAGUCGAGGAACUCAAGGCCAACAACAUCUGUCAGAUUAGCAAGGAAUCCCUUGACAGUCAGGACAGUCUGUAUGAAGAGGAAGGACAGACAAAUAAAUACCUCAUGCAAAGCCAGGACAGCGUGUACCACUCAGACGAACAGACAGACGAAUCCCUGUUUGAUAGCAAGGAAAGUCUCUACAACAUGGAGAAAGAGACAAGCAAACUCUUAGGGGACAGUGCUGAUAGUUUAUACCAGACUGACGGAUUCUCAUCUGAUGAAGAGAACAGUGAUGCAUGUGAUAUCGAAAGGUCGGUGAGCACAACGGAUUCGCAGCCUCACCUUUUAUCAUAUGACUCUUUGUUUGAAAAGUUGCUUAACUUUGACAAAAAAUGAAACAGACGACAUCAAUAGAAACACAGGUAUCCCAGCUGUUUAAAACAUAAUCGAGUAUAUAGAUAGGCGAUAAAAUGGUGAUAUUUGACAAUAUAGUCGAUCCAUUCCGACAUCACCGAUGAAAGAACAAGACGGGAUCAUUUAUCAUGGAAUGGACGAAAAAGGAUCAUCUAAGAAUGAAUGUAACAGAACACUUGGAGAUUGAAAGAUACGUCAAAGAGUGAGUGGAGUGCUCCCCGGGAACCGUCAUGAUGUUGAAUGACUGACAUCCGCUGUGAAAACAAAGUAGUUAUUUUUGCAAUUGUUGCAAAAUAGAAAUUCAAAGUAAAAUCAUUUCCAGACCAUUCAGUUAAAAACGAAUAUUGUUCGUGAACUUUGUGAAUGGAUCAGAAGGCAUUUGAAUAGAACUUGUUAACGAUCAGUAUAAUCAUCGUUAGUGAUAAUUUCAAUGGAAUGUAUAUCAUUCCCUCUCACCUGAUG